AUGCCUAAAAAGAAGACUGGUCAGAGGAAGAAGCUCGAGAAAAAUAAACUCCGACAGAAGGAGAUUCGCAAUAAUCGUUUCAAUAUCCCUUUAGCAGAUCAUCCAUGCAAUGCCAAUAUGGAGUGUGACAAAUGUCAGAAAACCCAGAAGAACAGAGCUUUUUGUUAUUUCUGUGGUGCAGUUCAGCGAUUACCUAUGUGUGCUCAGUGUGGUAAGCAGAAAUGCAUACCCAAAGGCGAUUGCGUCGUUAAACAUGGCUCAGCUCAUGUCAUUGGUAUGGCUUUAGUGGGUGCUAUUUGUGACUUUUGUGAAGCCUGGGUUUGUCACGGGCUGAAUUGCCUUCAAACUCACGCUUGCUCAUGUCCGAUGCAAGACUCAAAAUGUGUUGAAUGUCACCGGGAGAUCUCAGAACACGGUGGUCGAAUGUUUGAAUGUGCUUUCUGUGCCAAACUCCUCUGUGGUGACGAUCAAUUUGAACAUCAGGCUAGUUGCCAACGUUUGGAGGGUGAAAACUUUAAGUGCCCUUCAUGCAAUCGAAUUGGGUCGAAUGCAUGUCUUAGGUGCAAGACUAUCUACUGUGAUGAUCAUGCCAGACGGAAGGGUUUCAAAUACUCCCCAGACCAACCUAUUCCGUGCCCCAAAUGUGGCCAUCCACUCGAUCAGAAAUUCUGUCUCUCCAUCUCUACUCGACAAUAUGCUUUCGGCAGGCAGAGACGCGAGGCCACUGCGAACCAUGCAGAAGAGGAUGAGGAUGAUUAUAACGAAGGAUAUGGAGAUUACGAUAACACUGGAGAAGAUAGCUGUAAUGAUUAUACGGAUGGAGAAGAGAAUUCAUCAGAAGGAGAUGAUGAUGAGGCGAAAGUAGUUGCAGAAAUGGGGAGUAUUGAACUUGACGACAAAAAACAAUACUCUUAG